AUGGAGGGCAUUGACGGAGCUCCGGUGGGCUGGCCUGACCCCAAGCAGUGUCACCUCGGCCUCACCGAAGCCAAGUACCUGGGCUACAAGAUUGGUAGAGGGCUCAUCAUGCCCCGGGAGAAGAAGUUUGAGGUGGUGAAGAAGUUCCUACAUCCCACAAACAAGACCCAGGUACGAGCAUUCUUGGGGUUGGUGGGCUACUACCGCUGCUUUCUCCUCUAUAGUCUGCACCCUGUCAGACCUAAUCAGGAAAGGGCAACCAGAGACUUCGGCUGCCCCUUCACCCUAUAUACCGACACCUACGGCACCGGCUUAGGAGCAGUUCUCUCUCAGCUCCGGGAUGGAGAAGAGCACCCCGUGGUCUAUAUCAGUAGGAAACUCUCACCCGCAGAAACCAGACUCAGACGGCACCCCAGGAGAGUGACAUUCACCACAGAACUGCACCCCACAUGCACAGAGUGGAAGCCUGCACCAGUCACCCUCCGGGGCACUUACCAGCUGUACAGGGGAGUGAUGAGUGGUGCAGGACCAGGAGCCGUGGGAAUGGGGGACUCCCAUCGGCUGCCCCAAACCUGGACAGCCAUCACCAUCCACUGGGCGUGGCGUCCACUGAGGGCUAUCCAGUGCUGCCGCCAGGCAAUGUGGAAAAGUGGUUGUCAGUGUUUGAUAAAGGCAAAAACAGAUUUUAGUACUUCAGCAGAAAUGGAGAGAAUCACAUGUAUGUCUCUUCUGCUCACAGCUGUGGUCAGUUCUUCUGCACGAGCUCCGCGUCAGUAUCACUUUGUGAAUCAGAACCUGAGCUGGACUGAAGCUCAGAGUUACUGCAGAGAGAAAUACACAGAUCUGGUCACUAUCAGUGACAUACAAGAACAGAAUGACAUUGAACAGGCCAUAAAGAGAGUGAACAGCAAUGCUGACCGUGUCUGGAUUGGACUGAAGAACACAGACUCAUGGAUAUGGUCUCUGAGUGACCCUGCCUUCUACAGAGAACACGAGUCUCAGUACAGGAACUGGGAUAAAACUACAGGAAAACCACAACCAAAUGGAGAUGGAGACUGUAUUUACAUGGAUUGUGUGAAUGAUCAUAAAGGACAGUGGCAUGAUGUAGACUGUAGUACAACAAGGCCUUUCAUCUGCUAUAAUGGCAGCAGUAAAGGAUUCAUCAUUGUACAGGAGAAAAAGAGCUGGACUGAAGCUCAGAAAUACUGCAGAGAGAGACACACAGAUCUGGCCAGCGUGAGGAAUCAUACUGAGAAUGAACAGAUUCAGAAGAUCAUAGACCAAAACAAAACUUCAGGUGAUCAAGAUAAACGAGUCUGGAUCGGUCUGCACAGACUCUGGGUUUGGUCAGAUAACAGCACCUCCACAUUCACACACUGGAAAUCUAAUAGACCCGCAUCCAGAAACACUAAUCACGAUGACUGUGCAUUGAUUGAUCGCCAAGGAAUAUGGACAGAUGAGGAGUGUUCAGAAAAGCAUCCCUUUGUGUGUUAUGAUGAUAAUCUGGUUCUGGUCCGAGAGAAUAAGACGUGGACUGAAGCUCUGAGACGCUGCAGAAACAUGGACAUGGACCUGGUGUCGGUGGAUUCGGAUCAGAUGCAGCGAUGGGUGAAGAUCUUGUUGAUGAAAGUGAGUGCCUCCUCUGAUCACGUGUGGCUGGGUCUGCAUCACUCCUGGACACUAGGAAUCUGGUACUGGGUCAACGGUCAGACCGUGUGCUACGAUCAGUGGGCUUCUGAUUAUGACAUCGGACUGGACGAAUGUGAUCAGACGGUGAGAUCCGGAGCCAUUCGGACCCGUGAUAAUCACUGGAUCAGCCUUCCUGAAACUGAAGAAAUCAACUUCAUCUGCAUCAAGUACAUGUGAUCCAGAUUACACAGAUUACUAAUAUUCAUACAUAUAAAAUAUACAUAUAAAAUGCCAAUAAUACAAUUACUGGUUACUUUUCAUUGAUGACAAAUUAACAAAACAAUAGUAAGUUGUACAAGUAAAAAUUUCAGGCCAUUUGGGCUCAAUUCAAGUAAAAUGGGGUGGUGUUGGGGCAGUGGACAAGACACAUGCCUUUGGUGUGAGAGACCUGGGUUUGAAUCCACUGUGAGACACCAAUGUGUCCCUGAGCAAGACACUUAACCCCUAGUUGCU